CGGUGGCCGAGCGGAGCACUUCACCAUGGGAGGGAACAUGCUGCGGCUGUGGCUGAUCUGCGUUUGUUUCAUGCAGAGCUCAGGGAUGCUGCCUCAUGUGGAGCAGUAUGAGGUGGUCAGACCUCAGAGAGUGCAGGCGAGGCAGAGGAGGAGCCUGAAGGACAACCAGCUUUAUCCUGAUACGGUGCAGUAUGAGUUGGCCAUUGAAGGGAAGAACCACACCAUUCAUCUGGAAAAAAACAGUAACCUUCUUGGGAGAGGCUACACAGAAACACACUACUCAGAAGACGGGAAACGAGUGACAACUUCACCAAAGGAGGAGCACUGCUAUUAUCACGGUCAUGUUGGAGGCAUGACGGACUCUUCGGUCAGUGUGGGGAUUUGUUCGGGCAUUAGUGGCUUUGUGAGGACCCAGCAGCAGGUUUACCUGAUCGAGCCCCUGGGACAGUCUGAGGACGGUGACCAUGCAGUUUACAGACGGGAACACCUGAAGAUCAGCGGCAGCCUCGGCUGUGGCUCCUCAUCAAACACCACCAUGCUGUAUGACCAGGACCAGGGCCCUCAGCUGGCUGGGCUCUUCAGAUCCAGAUCAUGGAAAACGAAACCCGUCACAGGUGCACAGAUGUUUGUCGAGCUGUUUGUGGUGGUUGACAAUACUGAGUAUAAACGAUAUGGAAGUGAGACCAAAUCCCGGAUUCUCGGAGUUGUAAAUCACGUUGACAAGCUGUAUCGACCUCUGAACAUUCGCGUCAUGCUGGUGGGUUUGGAGAUUUGGACGUACAGAGACUACAUUGACGUUGACAUUAAUGCGGAGACCAGUCUGGACAAUUUCCUUAUGUGGCGCCAGGCUGAUCUUCUGAAAAGGACGAAGCACGACAACGCCCAGUUUGUGACUGGCAAAGAUUUCGAGAAAGAUACGGUUGGAUUGGCAAAUAAGUUCGCCAUGUGUACCGAAAACUCAGGAGGAGUCAAUCAGGAUCACCAUGAUAACCCGAUUGGCCUCGCCUCCACCAUUGCUCAUGAGAUGGGACAUAAUUUUGGCUUGUCCCAUGAUGCUCCUGGUUGUGGGUGUGGUCCAUCUUACAGCACUGGGAACUGUGUAAUGGCAGAAAAACUCAGGCCCGGAGGUCAAGCGUUGCCGGAGUUUUUCAGCAGCUGCAGUGUGCAGCAGCUCUCUGAAUUCAUGGAGCGCGCUCAGCCCAGCUGCCUGGACAAACCCAGCCCCGUCAGGACCAUCGCUGUGGGCCCCCGCUGUGGCAAUGCCCUGCUCGACCCUGGAGAGGAGUGUGACUGUGGCACUGAGGGGGAAUGCAAGAACCCUUGCUGUGAUCCCUCAACUUGCCGCCUGACUGAAGGAUCCCAGUGUGCUCAUGGGCCGUGCUGUGACAGCUGUCAGUUCAAACCGUCAGGAAGCGUGUGCAGGAAGUCAGCCGGCGACUGCGACCUGCCUGAGUACUGCACCGGCCUGUCGGAGGAUUGUCCCGCAGACAGUUUUGAGAUGAACGGCAAACCCUGCUACAACCAGGCUCAGGGCUACUGCUACAACGGCCAGUGUCCCACUCACGAGCAGCACUGCUGGAGGCUGUUUGGACCAGGGGCCAGAGUUCCACCAGAUGUGUGUUUCGAUCUGACCAGACGUGGCGAGGAAGGUGCCAACUGUGGGGGGACCAAGUUCGGCUACACCCCCUGCACCGCACAGAAUUUUAAGUGUGGAUCUAUAUUUUGUGGAGGAGGGGGUGAGUCCAUCACAGGUAAAGGGGGAGCCUACAAUGUGUUAGGAGUAGAAUGUAAACUGGCCGUGGACGACGAUAAGACCAGAAACAUUGACAUGGUGCCUAAAGGAACCAGAUGUGGACCAGAUAAGGUUUGCCUCGACCACAGAUGUGUGGAUAUAUCCGUUUAUGGGAAAAAGGAGGAUUGUGCCAAGAAGUGCAACAAUAACGGGGUGUGUAAUCACAAGAAAGAGUGCCAUUGCAAUCCCAGCUGGGCUCCACCUUACUGUGACGUCCAGUACGCAGACUUACCUCAAGGUCAGACGGGGAUAAUAGCUGGUGUGUGUGCAGCUCUCUCCAUCCUUCUGGUGAUCACCGUAGCGAUCGCCGGGCUGAUGUGCUGUAAAAAGGACAACAGAGACAACUACACCUCCAAAAGGAAAGUGCAUUCGGCUCCAGGCAAGUUGAACCCAAUGUUCCAGGAACCAAGUGUUAAAGAGAGGCCUCAGAUCAGUCCUCCUACUUUCAUGGAGUCAACAGCGACACAAGCGUGCGCUCCUCUGAUAGUCACCGUGGCUCCCAGCAGACCAGCUCCACAGCCGCCAAAGAAAGUGUCUUCAGUGCCGUCCACCUCGCAAACUGAGCCGACAAAACCUCAACCUCCAGCUAAACCUUUACCACCUGUGAACAAACCACAGUAUAAGGCAGCCAAUCCAAAUCCUCCUCCUCCUGUACCUCCAGUCAAGCCUAGUCCUCCUCCAGGAGCCAGAGUCAAGCCCAGUCCUCCUCCACCACCCCCAGCAAAGCCACAAGUCCACAGACUCACAUGAAAUAACCAUUAAAGCAUCAAGUUUGACCAAAGCAGAACAUCAGCCUGUAGUUGUACAUAAGAGAGGAGCGUCAGCGUGAUCCUGGCUGGGAUCAGAGGGGUGAGUCACAGAGGCCAAAGAGUUUGGAAAACUUUGCUCUUCAAAGCCUUUUUUUUUUUUUUUAAAUGUCGUGCGGGACCGAGGCUUCACGGACUCAGAAUGACGACACGAAACCAACAGCUUCACGGCUUCUGUGGAACAGUGACUGGCUCUAACUUCCUCUGUAACGAGCGUAACGUUGUCUCUUUGCACUUUUAGACGUGAGCAAAAUGUUGCUCGCAUGAAAAUACACUUUUUAAAGAUUUAUUUAAUGUGUCCAGUGGGGGACUGUGGGAGAAUUAUUGGUGGGAGGUUGUGCUGAACAGGGGCCGGUCCGGACCUGACGUCAUGGCUUCAGUGGGUCUCACAACAUGUUUCUGCCCCCAAGUGGCCGAAACAACUGGUGUAGGCUUAAUGAGUUGUAUAAUCAACACAGAGAUAUUAGAGGGGAGCGUGGUGCAAUACUGCAACCAACAAUUUUCACACAGUCCCUAAACUGUGUCCAAAGCCAGUCUGUGCCUUCUUUAAGGUUCAUUUUAAAUCUCAUUGCACUGCACUUGAAAACCUAUGAAUGGUACACACAGUCUGGGAGGCUCCGCACAGUCCAGAAGACCUUUGUGUGCUUCUCUGGUUCAGCUUGAAACAUUUACACGCUCCUUUGUUUUCAGUCCCGGGCGGAGUGUAUGACAGAGCCUCGAGGAGCAAUUAGUUGUUGUUUUUUUUUUUUUUUUUUAACUGCACUGAUAUUUUUCUGGGGCAACAGUCAUGGGGUUUAUACUUUGUAAGUUCAAUUGUAAAUGAGUGAUUUAUCACCGACGGAUCUUCAAAUACAAAACAGCAUUUCUAUAAACAGCAGUUCUACUUUUUAAACUGUCACGUACGACUGAUUGUAUAAAUGUACACAAGGCCUUUUGUUGCAACAACUAUAAACUGCACUUUAUUACAAAAGUAUGAUGAGAUCAUGUUGCAUCUGCAGAUUUCACAAUUUAUCAGUGUGACGCAAAACAUGACAGAAAUUAUCUGCUGUUUUUCAGAAGGUCAUCGUGUGAAUUGCAUAAUGAUUAAAACUGAUUUUUUCUCUGUGGA